CGCGACAUGCUCGCCACCACACAUUCUGACAAGUAUUGCUCUUUUGACUAAGUUCACUGCAAAGGUGGAGCUCGUGCUGGUGAUGCCGGUGUGGUUGGUGCUGGCCGUGCUGCGCGUCGGCCUCAGCCGGUCGGUCCCGGACUUCCUGGCCACCCUGGUCGGCCUCCUGCCACAGUACUCGGCCGGCACGGCGGGCUUCCUGCUGGCGCGCCGCACCGCCAGCUUCGUCAGCCUGAUGCGCCACGUGCGGCUGCUCGCCGAGGACGUCGAGGACGCCGUCGGGGAGGUGCGGCGGGAGGUGCAGGAGGCGACGGGCCGUUGCGCCGAGCUGGUGCGCUUCGUGCGCCGCGCCUUCACCGUGUACAUGACGUCGGGCAUGUCCAUGAUCGUGACGCAGCAGAUCGUCGCCGGCCCGCCCGCGCCCACCAUAGGCGAGGAGCGGUCGCACGCCCACGUCCUCGUCCACAUCAACGAGACGAUCAAGUGGAUGUUCUACGCCGUCAGCUACUUCGCGCUGUGGGUGCUGCUCGCGACCACGCUGCUCGCGUUCAACGGCAUGUACAACGUGCUCGAGCGUCGCAUGUCGCGGGCGCACGGCUACCGCCAGGUGCUCGCCGCGGCCCGCCUGCACCACGACCUGCUGAGCCUGCAGGCCGAGCUCAGGGACGUGACCUUCGGGCCAAUGCUGCACGUGCUGGCCGGCGCCCUGGUGGUGCCACUAAUCAACACUUACCAAGUGCUCCGCGGAGUGGCCAAUGUGUUCUCCUUGCUCACGUUCAGCACGCUGCCGUUUGUGUUCGGCACGCUCUCCCUGCUCGCCGAUGGUAUCGAGGUGCGGUCGGAGCGCUUCUCGCUGGAGGCCCUCUCCGGCUCGGACGUGCUCGGCGAGCCCCUUGCCGCCAGCAAGCUGCGCCUCAUGAUGAUAGCCAGGGCCAACGGCCACCACGGCCGGUCCUCCGGCGGCUUCAGCAUGCGCGGCUUUGGCCCCCUCAACCGGCCCGCAGCCUUCAGCACCCUGCACCGCUGGUACCAGUACCUGCAGCUGCUCAUGGGCUCCAGCUAACGAAGGCGGGAACAGACGUCAUUUU